AUGCUGCCCACGCCCUUCUCGGUGAGGGACAUCCUCAACCUGGAGGCUCCCGGGGGGCCCCGCGCAGCCCCCGCGGCCCGAGCAGGGCAGGACGAGCCGCGGCCGCGAAAAUCUCUGCUCGCCCCGAGCUUUGAGGCCGAGGAGGAUGGCGGGGAGCCCCGGCAGGCGCCGGGGCAGCGGCAGCGGCGGAAGCCGCGCGUUCUGUUCUCGCAGGCUCAGGUGCUGGAGCUGGAGCGGCGCUUCCAGCGGCAGAAAUACCUGUCCGGGCCCGAGCGGGAGCAGCUGGCGCGGCUGCUGCAGCUCAGCCCCACGCAGGUGAAGAUCUGGUUCCAGAACCGGCGCUACAAGAGCAAGCGGCAGCGGCAGGAGCGCUGCCCGGCGCCCGCCGUGCCCGCGCUGCCCCCGCGCACCGUGGCGGUGCCGGUGCUGGUGCGGGAUGGCAAACCCUGCCCGGGGGGCUCCCGGCCCUUCCCGGCUCCCUGGGGAAUUCCCGGCCCUUUUCCCUACAGCUCCUGGCACGGCGGCGGCGCUUGCGGGGCGGGGUGCGGGUACCCCGCGGUGUCGCCGGGUGCCACCCCCGGCGGUGCCCAGCGCCAGCGCCCGGCUCUGCCCGCGGGAAUCGGCGCCGGGAGCCGGAGGUGA